UUAACACCUAUUGAACUUUUUCUUUUUUCAUUUAGGCAACGUGAAUAUUUUUUAUUGCCAAUCUACUUCUUCUGAUUUAACAAAAGAUACUAUAUCUCCAGCAGCCCCUAAAGCCUAGGAGUCCAGUAAAUCAUUAAACAGACUCAUGACUGAAAAACAGCGAGAAGAAGCAGAAUGGGAAAGCAUAAAUGUGCUGUUGAUGAUGCAUGGCUUAAAGCCUUUAUCUCUAGUCGAAAGAACUGAUCUUAAAGAUCUCAUCGUUUUUGAUAAACAGUCAUCACAAAGGAUGAGGCAGAAUUUGAAAACAUUGGUGGAGGAAACAACACGUCAACAGAACAUGAUCCAGGAGCUCAUAGAAACUAAUCAGCAGCUUAAAAAUGAACUUCAGCUAGAACAAAGCCGAGCAGCCGAUCAGGAACAACGAGCUAAUGACUUGGAACAUAUUAUGGAGAGUGUGAAAUCCAAAAUUGGUGAAUUGGAGGAUGAAUCCCUAAAUAGGGUUUGCCAGCAACAGAAUAAAAUAAAAGAUCUUCAAAAGGAAUAUAAAGCUUUACAGGCAAAAUGUCAUCAUUAUAAGAAAAAACGAAUGGAGCAACAAGAGAUUAUUACUUCUUUGCAAAAGGAUAUCUAUAGAUUAACAAAGGAGGACGAAGAGCGCGUUGUCACUCAAAACAGAGUAUUUGCUUAUCUCUGCAAAAGAGUUCCUCAUACCGUCUUGGAUAGACAGUUACUUUGCCUAAUUGAUUACUAUGAAUCUAAAAUUAGAAAAUUUCAAAAGCAAAGGCAAUAUAAAGAAGAUGAAAGUCAGUCAGAAGAAGAAAAAGACUAUAGAAGUUUGGAUGCCUCACCGACUUAUAAAGGCCUUCUAAUGUCAUUACAGAAUCAACUCAGGGAAUCGCAAUGCAAAAUUGAUGCACUUUUAAGUGAGAAGCUGAAUCUCCAAAAAGAUUUGGAAACCAGGCCCACACAGCAUGAAUUAAGACUUUAUAAACAACAGGUGAAGAAACUGGAGAAAGCCCUUAAGAAAAACAUCAAAUUACAGGAUCUUAUCAGUCAAAAAAAGGCAGAGGACCCAGAGAAACCAGAUGAACCCAACAGAGAUAACCAGCAGCAGGCCCUAAUUGACCAGAGAUACUUUCAGGUUCUGAGUAGCAUCAAUUCAAUUGUUCAUAAUCCAAGAGCUCCAGUAAUAAUUUAUAAACAGAGCAAAGGAGGAACCCAACAUUUUAAUAAAGAUUUUGUUCGAGAUUGUGGAUUUGAGCAUCUUAUUCCUAUAGUAGAAAUGUGGGCAGAUCAACUGACUUCUCUAAAGGAUUUGUAUAAGUCCUUGAAAAUACUAUCUACAGAACUGGUGCCUUGGCAUAACUUAAAAAGGCAUGAUGAAAAUGAAGGUAUUAGAGUUGAAGAUCUGUUGUUUAUAGUAGAUACCAUGUUAGAAGAAGUUGAAAAUAAGGAAAAGGACAGCAAUAUGCCAAACUUAAAAACUUUGCAAGCUAUUGUGUCUCACUUCCAAAAGUUAUUUGAUGUGCCUUCUUUAAAUGGAGUCUAUCCUCGAAUGAAUGAAGUUUAUACUAGGCUUGGAGAAAUGAACAAUGCUGUGAGAAACCUCCAAGAACUCUUAGAAUUAGAUAGUUCAUCCUCAUUGUGUGUGUUAGUGAACACAGUUGGAAAAUUGUGUAGGGUGAUUAAUGAGAACAUGAAUGAACAGGUUAUGCAGGUAUUGGGACCUGAAGACCUCCAAAGCAUUAUCAACAAAUUGGAAGAACAUGAGGAAUUUUUCCCAGCAUUUCAGGCAUUUACUAAUGAUCUACUUGAAAUCUUAGAAGGGAAGACAGGCUAAAGAGCUUGGAGCUUUAGAGAAAAUUUUAGGUCUCUGGAUUUAAGCAUAUACCACGCUGCCUCUCAUGAAGCCACUUUGUGAAAGAGCAGAACUUGUACAGGAAAGUGAGUUCAUAUCUACAUUUCCAUCCAGGAAUGGAUUUUUUCACACAGGUCACUUUAACCCGAUUAAGCAGAGGUGCGUACUCAAUGUUGAAGCUGAUCUCUGUCAGAUCAAAGCAGGAGGAGGCCAGGGAGUUGAGCGAGGACAUGCUGGGAGCUAGCCUCUUGGGCGGCCAUGCGAGUGGGGAGGCAGGGCAUUUCAUGGGUCUGGGUGACUUGAUGGGCCCUGGAGAGUGGGGGCCUGGGACAGUCAGGAAGAUGGUGGCCGAACUCUUCUUCUUCCCCAUGGGCUCACAGAACCCUCUGGCACUGUCCUUGCCUUUGGGCUCUGGGCCUGUGUCUUGGGGUGUGGGCUCGGUGGCAACAAUAGUGGCACUGGUGGUUGUCGUGGUGCUCUUGGAGGCUUCUUUGGUAUCAGAAGCAGGAUCUGGGGGGCAUGGCAAAUUUGCAGGGCACUCUCCCUGGGUUGGGGCUUUGGGGUUCUGGUUGGUGUCCACCUUCUUAAUGAACAGAGGACCUUUCUUUAGGGCUUCAGGUCCUGUGUAUGGGCUCCCCAUCUCUCGUUCUUCCACGCGCAGGAACUGCAAGCAGAUGACAGGGUUAUGGGCUGGGGCCCCCCACAUCCACUUUCUCCUCCUCUGCUCUCAUCUUAACCUCUGGGAAAUGGUUCCUUCCUGACUGCCCAUCUCAAUGGAUUUCUCCCCCCAGACCAUAUCUUCAUUAACCUCUGUCCACCCUUGGGUCCUUAUAACCAAUUAUUCUCUUUUUCCCUCACUACUGUCUCACUAGUGAGUCUUCAUGAGGAUUCAGUCCUGCCUCCACUCACAUUGGCUAGCGGAGACCUGACUUUUUUUUUUUUUUAAGAUUUUAUUUUUAUUUAUUCACGAGAGACAGAGAGAGAGGCAGAGACAUAGGAAGAGGGAGAAGUGGGCUCCUUGUCCAUGCAAGAAGCCCGAUGUGGGACUCGAACCUGGGAAUCCAGGAUUACGCCCUGAGCCAAAGCUCAACCACUGAGCCACCCAGGCGUCCCAGACCUGACUCAUUCUUACAGCAUGUACGGUCCUUCCAUGCAGCUAACUCCCAGAUCUACACCUCCACUCCUGCACUCCUCUUACCCUUCACAUAUAUCACACACUGCCUUCCAGGUAGGGUCCUUUCCAGCUGUUACCCUAUUCACCAUUGCUUUCCCUAAAAUGUGUUUCCUGUCCACACACACCCCUGUGAUCCUACCCCCAAAGUUUCAAACCUUGGCCAUAAUGUUUCUCCUCCCUCAGUCAUUAAGGCCAUUUCUAGGGACUUCCAUUUCUAGCACGGUGGUGGUCAAUAUUCUAAAAAGCCUCAUUAGGAAUGCCUAAUAAAAUGAAACACCUUGUAAAUACAUAGCCAAAUUUACAAAAAACUAAAACUCCUAGGAUUACUGAAAAAUAAAGGCUAAGCUUUCUUCGGGUCAUUUAUCAACCUUGAAAAAUUCAAGCAGUAAGGAGAAGAGGCCUCAGGUCAACAAUGUAAGGCUGGGAGUAGGAACCAUGAAGGUAGGUAGGGUCUCUUUAGGGAAAAUAGUAAUCUAGGAUAAACAUUCCAAACCCACCCCUCCCUCCCCUUCCAGGAAAGACUGCUAAGAAAUAGGGCUGUUUCCACCUGUACUCUCCUGGGGGACCUGAAGACUUUUCUGGGAAUAUGGCUCCUUACAGGACUAUCUUAUAUGAAUUUUGGUUCAUAUUUAUACUUGUGGAAUCUUGAAACCUAAAAUUUAAAAAUUAACAUAAGAAUGGACCCUAGUUUGUAAUGCCCCCAAGUGCUUGGUUAUGGCAAAACAGAACCUCCCUGGAAGCAAGCAAACUCAACAUAUGUUUGCAACUCAAGUUACCAAACAUAGAAAUGAGUCACCCUGAAAAAGCAUCAACAGAUACAACAAACAUCAAAAUCUAACUCUCGAGAUCUUCAGAUAAUAGAAUUCACACAACACAUAGGUAUUUUCAGAUGAUUAAAGAUAGACUAGAAACAUGAUAGUAAAAUACAGUGAAAAAACUGGAUUUGGAAAAGAUAAAAUUGGAAAUAAAAAUAGCUUUUGAAAAAAAAAUAGCUUUUGAAAUAAAAACCAUGAAUAGGUAAAGAAUUAGUCUAGAAGACAGAUCUGAGGAAAUCAGAAAUGUAGCACCAAGAGAUAAAGAAAUAGAAAAUAUGAAAGUGAGGUCAGGUGGAGACAGGAGAUGGUGAGAAGGUCCAGUGUAGGAGUUCUAGAAGGAAGGAUUAAAAGAAUGGGAGAGGCAGUAUCUGAAGUGAUAAUGGCUGACAAUAUUCCAAAGUUGAUGAAAAAUAUGAACCUAUUUCCUAACUGCUUCUCAGCACAGAGCAGGUACUUAGCGCUGGGAGAGCCCACUUUGUUCCAUGGCCAGAGCUCCACCCCUCACCCACCCUGGGGAACCAAAGGAGGCAUUUACCCGAAGCACCAGCCUCAUGGAGAUGAGGCUGUCUAGGCCUGAGUGGUCCAGCUGGAAGCGCUGCUCGAGGGUGAGGUCUGUGUAGGGGAGGAUCUGGCACAGGGGGAACUCCAGCACUCCCAGAGCACACUCUUGGGUAUCAUCAAGCACCUGGGCAGUGGGCCAGUCACAAAACAGGAGAAUUAAGCCCCACACCCACCACCACCUUUCUAGGCCCCAUUCAAGUCUAAGUUCACUUCAAUAAGCAUGUACUGUGCUUCUGUUGGCCUCUGGUCCUGCUCUGAACGCCUGGGACUAGGACCAGGCCCGGCCCCUGUUUGCAGUCAGGGUAGAGGCAGUGUGUCAAGUGCCCUGGGCCAUAGAGGCUUAGGGACUGAUACGCUGAGGGCCCCAAAAGAUCCCAGUUCUGCCGUUUGUUGUUAAAGAUAUCAUGACAGAGUCAUUGAUGGAGCCUCUAUUUGCUCAUGUAUAAAAUAAAGGAAGUAUCUCUUUUCCACA